UGCGCCCUAGUAGAAACAGGAGCGGAGAAGGUGGAACUGCCGCUGCCCGCAGAGUGAUGGGAAGACUCCAUCAUCUGGCCCUGAUAGGGCUCCUGCUGCUUUGUCUCAGCCGUGGGCAGUUCUGCAAGACCUGUGCCAUCAAUGAGGAACAACGUCCCCUGGUGACAUCUCUGCUGAAAACAAUGAUCCAUUCUAAUGACAGCAGCGCAACCCCUAAUCCCUAUGUCCUGCUGGCUCUGAGACUGGCUCGGGACCACAGCCGGACCACAGAGAAGACCCUGUUGGCCCAGCUCAUAGAAAAUGCCAAAGACAAUGGGAUGUCAAUGACCUCCGGAAAACUGGCCCUGCAUGUCCUGGCUCUAGAAGCCGCCUGCCAAGACCCCAGGGAGGUCUUCUCAUCCGACUCGAACCUGAUUAAUCUCUUGGAAAAGAAGUUCCAAGAGGAACUGACUAACAUAAUGACAACAGGCAAUCCCCUGACUAACUUUUUCCAGCUCAGCUUGGAUGUCUUGGCCCUGUGCCUGCUGAAGGGAGAUUAUUCGAGCUCUAAGGUUGCCAACCUCUUCUCUCCCGGUUGGGAAAAGUACACUUUCGGCAGCCAGUUCUCUGUGGACACUGGGGCCGUGGCAGUCCUGGCUCAGAUCUGUGUGCAGAGGAGCGAGAAGGAUGAGAAGAUUGAGGAAAACAUUAGGCAGCUUGUGAAGAAGAUCCUGGAAUCGGAAGACAAAUAUGGCACCAUUGGGAAUGUCUACAGCACCGGAUUGGCUAUGCAGGCCCUGUUUGUAAGUGGAGACUAUUAUGAGAAUAAAGACUGGGACUGUAACCUGUCCCUGAAGAAGAUGCUAAAUGAGAUUCCCUUGGGAACAUUCGAACAGCGCACGGCUGCAGCCCAACUCAUCCCAGCUCUGGAGGGCAAGACCUAUCUGGAUGUGACCAGGGGACACUGCGACUCGGAUUCAGAUAAUCUGACCCUUUCUUCCCCCUCGCCAAGUGCUCCCGCCAGCCCGUCCACCAUCAAGGUCACAUACAAGGUCACGGAUGACGUCAAUAACAGCUUUGCUGACUCCAUCGUCGUCUCGGUACCUAAGCGCUCCUACUUCUUGAAGGUGAUGGAGGCAGCCCAAGAACAGGACAAGACUAGGUUUGGCUUCACCCUGAAAUCCAGUUACUGGGGCCCAUAUGUCAACUCGGUGAGGGGCCUACAAGGAAACGGUGAACAGAGAGUCUACUGGAAGCUUUGGAGUGGAAACAAACCUCUGGACCUAGGAGUUAUGAACUACAGGGUCUCUGAUGGAGAGAUCCUGGAAGUCAGAUUCUCCAGGUUCUGAAGUCGAGGGAGGAAAGAGGACAAGGAGCCAAAGCCCAAGCCUCUUUCGACCGGAACUUUCCAUCUCAUAUACUACUUUCAGAGUCUCCCUGGAGACCCAUGGGCCUUUCUCCUCUCUUCUCCAUCUCAACCCUAGUUGUGAAAUAUGGGAGCCUGUUUCCUCUCUGGGCCUGUACAAUAAAAAACUAUGGGUAGAGGAGGACCAAAUACAACCUCCUUGCAUUUCUGA